GGGCCGAGCCGAGUGGCCCGGUCCCCCCCAGCCCCCGGCUCCGGGCUCCCGCCGCCCCCUCCGGGCUCCCGGCCAACCCGUCCUUCCCUCUCCUCCCGGAAUGGGGCCGGCGCGGCCCGGGGUCGCGCGCCCUGGCCCCGGCCCGCGCUCGGUCUCGCGCUGUCAGCCGCUGCUCGGCUCGCGCCGCCUUGCGCUUUCCCUCAGUCAGUGGCGCCGGAGGGAGCUCCGUUAAGCGGCGGCCGCGGUUCCUGUUUCCGUUUCUUCCUCUCCCUUCAGUCGGGAGUAGCAUCCUCCACCCCUCCGCCCCUCCCGCUCUCCCCGGCGCGGCCAGCUGCAGCCGAAGGCAGCGGCCGUGGCGACGGGGGACGGCGCCGGCCGCCUCGGGUUGCUGGACUGACUGACGCUAUCUAUGGCCCUGGUGGUAUUUUUAUUCAAGAUAAAAUCCUUUCCAUCUUUAUUAAUUAGCUGAGAAAAUUCAGCAUGUAGAAUCCAUGAAGCACAGAACAGUAAAGCCUUCUACUUUCAUCACCAGGAAGAUCUCUUUGCAAGAGUCACCAUAGGAUUACCAGAGAGACUAGUUUGUCUGAAGCAUCAUGUGCUGAAACAACAGAAACCCAUUUUCCUUUGUGGCUAACUAGAAGACAGGGUACGAUGUUUCCAGUUCUUUGAGCUCCAGGAAGACCGGACGGACAGAGUUGAAACUCUGAAAAUGCGGCCAUGGACUGGUUCCUGGCGUUGGAUUAUGCUCAUUCUUUUUGCCUGGGGGACCUUGUUGUUUUAUAUAGGUGGUCAUUUGGUUCGAGAUAAUGACCACCCUGAUCACUCUAGCAGAGAACUCUCCAAGAUUCUUGCAAAGCUGGAACGCUUGAAACAACAAAAUGAAGACUUGAGGAGAAUGGCUGAAUCUCUCCGAAUACCAGAAGGUCCCAUUGACCAGGGGACAGCUGCAGGAAGAGUUCGUGUUUUAGAAGAACAGCUUGUUAAGGCCAAAGAACAGAUUGAAAAUUACAAGAAACAAGCCAGAAAUGGUAUGGGGAAGGAUCAUGAAAUCUUAAGGAGGAGGAUUGAAAAUGGAGCUAAAGAACUCUGGUUUUUUUUACAAAGCGAGCUGAAGAAAUUAAAGCAUUUAGAAGGAAACGAACUCCAAAGACAUACAGAUGAAAUUCUUUUGGAUAUAGGACAUCAUGAAAGGUCUAUCAUGACAGAUCUAUACUACCUCAGUCAAACAGAUGGAGCAGGUGAUUGGCGUGAAAAAGAAGCCAAAGAUCUGACAGAGCUCGUCCAGAGGAGAAUAACAUAUCUCCAGAAUCCCAAGGACUGCAGCAAAGCCAGGAAGCUGGUGUGUAAUAUCAACAAGGGCUGUGGCUAUGGCUGUCAGCUCCACCACGUGGUCUACUGCUUCAUGAUUGCGUAUGGCACCAGGCGAACGCUCAUCUUGGAGUCUCAGAAUUGGCGCUAUGCUACUGGUGGAUGGGAGACAGUGUUUAGACCUGUCAGUGAGACGUGCACGGACAGAUCUGGCCUCUCCACGGGACACUGGUCAGGUGAAGUGAAUGACAAAAAUGUUCAAGUGGUCGAGCUCCCCAUUGUAGACAGCCUACAUCCUCGUCCUCCUUACUUACCCCUGGCUGUUCCAGAAGACCUUGCAGAUCGACUUGUAAGAGUCCAUGGUGACCCUGCAGUGUGGUGGGUAUCCCAAUUUGUCAAAUAUUUGAUCCGUCCACAACCUUGGCUGGAAAAGGAAAUAGAAGAAGCCACCAAGAAGCUUGGCUUCAAACAUCCAGUUAUUGGAGUCCAUGUCAGGCGCACUGACAAAGUGGGAACAGAAGCAGCCUUCCAUCCCAUCGAGGAGUACAUGGUACACGUUGAAGAACAUUUCCAGCUUCUCUCACGCAGGAUGAAAGUGGAUAAGAAAAGAGUAUAUCUGGCCACUGAUGACCCUUCUCUGUUAAAGGAGGCAAAGACAAAGUACUCCAAUUAUGAAUUUAUUAGUGAUAACUCUAUUUCUUGGUCAGCUGGACUACACAAUCGAUACACAGAAAACUCACUUCGGGGUGUGAUCCUGGAUAUACACUUUCUCUCCCAGGCUGACUUCCUAGUGUGUACUUUUUCAUCCCAGGUCUGUCGGGUUGCUUAUGAAAUCAUGCAGACCCUGCAUCCUGAUGCCUCUGCAAACUUCCACUCUUUAGAUGACAUCUACUAUUUUGGAGGCCAAAAUGCUCACAACCAGAUUGCCAUUUAUCCUCACCAACCUCGAACUGAAGAGGAAAUCCCAAUGGAACCUGGAGAUAUCAUUGGUGUGGCUGGAAACCACUGGGAUGGUUAUUCUAAAGGAAUCAACAGAAAACUUGGGAAAACAGGCCUGUACCCCUCCUACAAAGUCCGAGAGAAGAUAGAAACAGUCAGGUACCCCACAUAUCCUGAAGCUGACAACUAGAGAUCAAGUGUAAGAGAUUAACAACAGAACUCAGUUCAGACCAUCUCGGCCAAGCAGAAGACCCAGACUAACACGUGGUUUGAUGACAGACAUGCUCGACACUAAGAAUGAGUGGGAACCCUCAGAUGCUGCACUGGCGGAACUCUUUAUGAAGGGCUGCGGUGCCCUCAUGCCCAUGCACAGUACAAUAAAACACUCACACAUAACAUGCAAAUGGAUCAUUUUCUACUUUGCCCCUCUAAAUAUUAUGUCCCCAUAAAACAAACACUGCCGCGUUGUGUAAUUUAAGUGACACAGACAUUUUGUGUGAGACUUCAAACAUGGUGCCUAUAUCUGAGAGAGCUUCAUGACUUACUGAGAAGAUGUGAAGAGCCCCGCUCUUAGCCAGUGGUGGUGGUGUGGCCACUGAAUUCACUCCAGUCAACAGGCUCAGAAUGAGAAUGGAUGUUUUUUCUUUAUAUGGUUGUCUGGAUUUUUUUUUUUUACGUAAUUUCAUCAGUUCAGUUUAUCCACCUCACCAUUAAUAAAUGAAGGAUACAUCAAUAAAGUAAAAUGAAAUAUUCACUCUCCAUUAGAAAAUUUUGUAAAACAAUGCCAUGAACAAAUUCUUUAGUACUCAAUGUUUCUGGACAUUCUCUUUGAUAACAAAAAUAAAUAAGUUUCAAAAAGGAA